AUGGAUGCGCCGGCGCCAUCUGUACGCCGAAAUGGCAAGGGCAAGCGUAGAUACGAACGUGGGCCUUUCAUCAGAGUGGGCUCACCCUUCAUCAACACAGAUAGUACUUCCUACGAGACAGCCUCCCCCAAAGCCUCCGAACCCAGCAGCUUCGUCUCUCAGCUAUCCGCAUCGACCAGACAGGCUCUAGAUGCCUCGAUCAGAGACCGGGCACUAUCUCCAGGAUCACCGACCGUUGCUUCCAGAUCACCGACCCCGGCUAAUGCAUUGACCUUUGUCAUCAGUACAACUGGUGACUUCAAGGCCGGUCAGCGUGGUGGUGUGCGGCAAAGCGAUCAUCAAUCACUACUCUCAGUGGAAGCUGCGGAACCCACGGCGAAGCGACCGCGACUGGACAUCCCGAUACCGCCAGAUCAGAAACCCACCUUGAGACCCAGUCGACCCCUUGCAAAUUCAGAUCAGGUGCACAGCGAUGUCUGGCAGACAGUCUUCGGCUAUUGCGAACCCAAGCUUCUUCUCGAGGCCAAAACUAUCAAUUCGGCUUUUUAUCGCCUACUAUCUGAUCGUUCCGCGAUCUGGAAAGCAAGCAGGCAAAAUCACUUCGGCGCGGAUAUGCCAGAUUGCCCUCAAGGUCUGACAGAGCAGCAGUAUGUUGACCUUCUGGCAGGCCGCGGAUGCCAGAGCGGUACCUGCCCUAAUGAAAACACUGCGAGGGUGUUCUGGACGUUUCAAGUGCGACUCUGCGCAAAAUGUUUCAAGGAGAGAACGAUGCGGGCCGAUGAACUCCCUCUGCAGCGGAAGCACAACAUCCCACUUUGGAAAGAUGGGAAUUCCGAAGAAGCUCGGGUGCAACUCUGGGAACUGCUUCCAAUGGCACGAAGCGAUGGCCGUCGUUAUAUGCGACCUCGCUCGGUUGAUGAAAGCACCAACGACUGGGCCGCUAGCUCCAACACACACCAUUUUGCUUUCCUGAAAUCUUCCUAUGCGGAUUUGGAAGCUUCAUACCUUGACCUUGUCUCGCGCUCAUCUACAGACAACCACGCAAUUCAAGAGUGGGCAAAAGGAAUUCAUAAGCAAACAAUGGCAUUCAUGGCUGAGGUCAAGGCGACCGAGACGUGGUAUAUGUCGUUAAGCACACCCGACAAAGACCUCCAACAGGUGAGGAUUGAUUUCUUCGAAGCACGAGCAGCACAAUUGUCGCCUCCAAUGAACAGCCAGAUCUUGUGGAAUAUGGCUGCAUUUCGGCGGGUGGUGAGGGUUCCACAGGCGCCAUCAGAAAGAUCAUGGAAUACCCUGAGAGCAAAGAUCAUACCCUACCAGGAACAGGCCGAGCAGGUCGAGAAGUUCAAGACUACCAUGGCCAACCGGGGGCUCUCACGAUUAUGUCCGAGUGUCAGAUUGUUCCAAAAAUUGCACGACCACCGAUCUGGGCACAAGCAACCCCGGCCAUUACAAUCGGAACAAACUUUUGUGCUCCGCUUAGGCGAUGCACAAUUCGCUGGUUGCGUGGAGGAUAAAGUGGCAGAUGCAGACCUUCUCUUACUAUGUUUGAAACGGGUGUAUGAGGCCUACGAACAGCUCAAAGCAACAGGGGAUUGUCCAAAUGGUCUCAACUUUGAUGGUACCACAGGUCCCUACGUUCUAACACUCGACGAUGCUCGGAUGAUUGUGACCGAGAUCUUGAUGGAGAAGAUUUCUCCGCGAUCUCAGCGAGGUGAGGUGGUCUUUCGAGGUCUCAAAUGCCGAGGCUGCCGUCGGAGCGAUUUUGUCAAAACUUGGGCCUUUACCGGAGCAUUUGAACACAUGCUGGAAGCGCACGCUCAACAGGUCGGCGAAGGCUUAGAAUUCUGGCGGUUUGCGGUCCCAUACGGAACCUGGAAACCGCUUGAGGACGGGCGCGAACCCUUCCACUUUCCGUGGUACACUGUGCCUUGGCCUAGGUGCCUGCCUCUGGUUCCAGCGCACCACAACACCCGGGAGUUGGACCCCUGGCACCCAGAUUCCACUGAAUCCUAUGCUCGAUUAGCGGUUCGCACCACCGCGUCCGCAUUUGAAGGUCGCCAGCCGCAGGGGAAUGGUAUCUCCGCCACCGACUUUACCGGCAAUUUGGUGUUUGCAGCCAGAAGUCUGAGGGGUGUGUGGCUGGAUGGUGCUUGCCAGAUGAAGAUCGCUUUGAAAUACGCUGUGGACCGUUACGCCUCCGCACUAGCAACAGAAGCACCACUUUCCAUGUUCAGAGCAAGUUUCGAGAGUGUGCGCGAGGCCAAUCCGGCAAUCGACCUCAGAUUCCGAUGCGGAGUCUGUGUCGGAGAUGAAGACAUCAUCCAGAGCGCGAAACACGUCAAAUACCGGGUCGCAAUCGAAAUCCUGCUGACUCACUGGGAGGAGAAGCAUCAGAGGGGGGAGGCUAGUUGGAGCCAAAGCCUCAUGUGUCUUCCAUCUGACAGCGAAGUGAUGGAGCAGAUUGCGGCAGCGGACGAGUCUCUACAACAGGAGAAGGAACUGGCAAAAGCCAGGACCGCCGAGCUGCCCAAAAAUGUCAGGAAACGACCAAAGCUGAAAGCGAACGUGGUGAUGCAGACCCGAUCAGCCAACGAAGCACUGAGGGAGCUUUUCCCUCGACGGGACUGA